CACACACACACAAACCACAACAGACACGGAUAACAAAAAUGGCUUCUUGCCGGGUUCCGGACUUCCCGGCCCUUAUGGUGGCUGUGGAGCGUUUGAAGGAACUGGAGAAGCAGAUAAUGGAGGACGACAUGCCAUUCUCUGCGCAAGCCAGCCUCCACCUGACGAAGAUAAGUGCUGCUAUCACGGAACUUGAGGCGGAUCGGCGUGUCGUUCAUGAGCUUUUAGAGGUGGAAACCAUAGAAAACAGCAAGUUGAGACACCAUAUGAACAACACAAGAGAACGAAUGAGCCGGGAAAUGAUGGCUGACGUAGCAGCAGCCCGGGCAUCUAAUUCUGAAGAGAUAGAGCAACUUAAAAAACACAUCAACACAGUUUCUCAGCUGCAAGAAGCCACUGUGAAGAGGCAGGAAACACUCUUUAGGCAGAACGAAGCGCUAUGCCCACAGCGAGAGCAGGUGAAGGCCGAACAUGAAGAGGUCAUCGCGGUUCAGAAUGAGCAAAUCACCUUGAAGUAUAUGUUGCAGAGGGCGCUGGAUGAGACACGGGACCGGAUCGAAGAGCUGAAGUCCUGCACCGCUGCCGCCAAACAGGACAAAUUAACCCUGCAGCAAAAAAUGGUUCUGGAGAGAGAGGCUUUCACCUUGCAAAGAGAUCACCUGUCUAAAUGUUUGGCCCGGGCCGAGGGUAGAGUCAAGCAGCAGAAGCAAUCGAUCAGGAGGGGCGUGGAAGAAUUGGACAGGCAAAAUGUCAAGGAACAAGAAACCCACGACCGGCUGGGUCAGCUCAUGAUUGACGUUGCCAAGCUGGAGAGCAAAUUACGAAAACUGGCGGCAUCUCGCUGCCAGUACGGAAAACAGCUGCGGGGGGAAACGCAAAAGCUUCAAGAAUUGAGCCAACAGCGAGAAAUUCUGAAGACGGACAUGCGUGAGUUGCGGGAAGCCUUUAGGGAUGCCGCCCAGCGUCUCAAAGAACACAUUGCCACAGUGGAAACUAAAAUAGAGGAGGGUCGAGCGUCAAGGUUGCUCCAUCAAGACUCCUUAGCUCAAAUCUAUGAGAUGUUCAAGCAUCAGCGUGACGAGGAGGACGGAGUAAGGGCUGAGCACUUCCACGUCUUGCAGCAGCUGGAGCGCUCCAAGCUGCAGCUGGAGGACCGCAUUGCCUCAAAAGUCAAACACAGCAAUGAGAUCAAAGAGAUGGACAAGCAGAUCCAAGAACUCCUCGAGGCCGACACCAUCACCAAGCGCAUGUUUGAGAGGAAUCAGGGGGUGCUGUGCAACAACAUUGAUACAGAGAAGAAGAACAUCUGCCAUUUCGAGGAGGAGGAGAGACGGCUGACAAGGAUGUUGGCGGAAGCGAGGAGGAAGCAGGAAGAGCAUGUGGCGAAGAUCACCUCAGAUAUCAGCAGCACCAGGAGGAGAUAUCAGCAGCUCCGCCAAGAGGAGAUGGCACUUGAAGCGCGUCAGCCCGAGAGCACGAAUGCCGACUUGCUGAUGAGCAACACAGCCCAGCGUGAGUCGAAAUACAGACAAGAAGAGAGCAAACACCAUGAGGAAAUAGAGCAGUUGGCCGCAAAGGCCUUGAGGAUCACGAGGAGCCACGUGGAGAAGCAGAAGGAGGUGGAGGAGCAGGAAGAGUUGCUGAAUGAGGUGGUUGCAAAGUGGAAUGAAGAGCAAUCAAGGCAGCGGAGGAUAAAUGCACUGACCUCGGAGCUCAGAGGGAAGAGAGAGCAUCUGGAGCUGCUGAUCGGGGGCCUGAAGGAGAGGACGGGCUCUCUGCUGCAGCCCAAGGAGGAAAUGAAGGCGCGGCUGGAGGAGCUGCGAGGGAGGUACAAGGACGCGCUGGACCAACGGGCCUCACAGCUGGGAGCCGUGGAGGUGAGCCUCUACGAGGACCGCGCGGACCUGGAGCAGGUCGGCCUGGAGAACAGCAGGCUGCGACUCUGCGUCAGCCAGAUGACGGGGGACGCGGACCGAGUCCGAGAGGACACAUGCCGAUACCGGCGGGAGGCUCAGCGGUUGCAGCGGGACACGGAGGCCUCGUCCGAGAGCUUGCGGGAUGCGUGGAAUAAGGAUUCGUUGGUAACCCGGGACCAUCAGAACAGCGAUGGCGGGUUGCUGGUGUCGAUGGGGGGCCUGUUGAACCACCUGCAGACCAGGGCGCAGCAGCUGGGGAAUGUCAGCACACUUCUACACCACCAAAGUUUGGACUUCAGCAGACGACUCGGGUAUAAAACUAUUACAACAGAGUUGAGAUGACCAGUAAACUGCGGAUGGAAUAUGAGACAACACAACUUGGAUUAAUUUGUAAGGAUGAAAUUAAAUAAAGCUCCCAGCAACAAAGGUUUAGAGGUUCACUUAAAGUGAUGAGUUUAUUUUUAAUGCAUACACAUAUGUUCCAUUUUCAGUAAAAAAAAACCCAACAGGGAAUUAUUCAUAGAAUUCUUAUUAUUAUUCUAUUUAUAUUUUGUCUCGACAUCUUUUGUUGUCUUUUGACAAACGGCUGUUUAUUCCUGUAUUGCAUUCAUUUUGAACAAAGCUAUUGUUAUGCAAUUAGUUCUUGUGCUUUUCCUCCAACAACAAAUCCAUGUCUGCUGUGUGGACCAUUGCAUUUUUAGGGCUGACAAGCAGCCAAAGUAAAACAACUUGAAUCAAGUUUCCUUGCCUUUUUAACACGUAGACAGUUGUAAAUAAAUCAGUUCCAACAAUUCUUCAUUCCAUUUAGUGACAGCUUGCUUGGAUCCAUGAAAAGCUCCACAGUCACGGGUUACUGCUGCUUUUUUCCACGAUGUCAAAGUCCGCU